CGCCCGCCCCCAGUGUGUGGUAUUUGGCUCUUCGUCUUCAACCUCCCUGCCGCCACUCCUACCAAGACGCUGCCACAGCCGCUCAUGCCCACACCUUGCUGACGGCCGUGCUCUCUAGAGGUGACGAAAUAUGUCGGCAGACCUCUUUGCCGAGUUCAACAGCCUCGCGCAGUCUCCGCCUCGGUCUUCGCAGCAGCGUGGUCAGCCGAGCAGUCAACCUCAGCCCUCAACCUUCCCGGCUCAGCCUCAAGAUCCCUUCGCCUUCGCCAGUGCCGCGACGACGAGCGAGCCCCCGCUAUGGGCGUCUCACCCUUCUACACAACGAUGGCCGUCUUCGGAGUCUCCGGCCUUUGGCCCCGGCGUUUGGGGUUCCGGCAGUCAACCGGCGCAUGGAGAACUUGGACAGGGCCAAGAUGACGAAGAUGACGGUUGGGGAGAUUUUGAGGUCGCAGACUCAGGCGCAGCGCAAGUUUCACCAAACUACCCGGGGCCUCAGAAGCCCAGCUCUCGAGCGCAGGAGGCUACUCCAAUCCGGAGAAUAGUGCGGGUGCCCACCAUCGACCUCAUGACAAACAAAUUGGUCGACGUUGGGACGCACGUUCACUCAAGCCAGGGACCAUUAGGGCCACAGACUCAGCCCAGAGCUGCGUCUCGAGCCGUGUCGACCCCGAGUGAUGCGAACGUGCUUUUUGAUGUUGAUGAUUUCGAACUUCAAGGAGGUGCAGGCGACGGGGAGGAUGGCGAUGGUGAUGACUUCGGUGACUUUGAGACGAGCACCCAACCCCCGCCACAGCCAAGCCGGCCGCCUAUGCCAGCAUCUGCUGACUCUGCAUCCAUGGAUCUCCUCGGGCUCGGUAAUGUGCCGCAAUCGACCACGGCAGGACUUUCUCGUCAGCAGACGUCCGGAAAGGCGCCCGGACCGUUGAGUUUUGGGGCUUCGACUUUAGAAGCUUCCACAUCCAGUCGGACCACUGCGCCAAAGUCCCCGUCCUUUCAAGAGAGGAAUCCUUUCCCCGAUCUCACAAUCAAAACCUCAUCGGCAUCGAAGGCGCUCAGCAAUGAUCAGUCCGAUUCAGCCAUCACACCCUGGCCCACAGCUGAACGAGGGUUCAAGAAAGUAUCAGAAGCAAAACCAAAGGAGGAGGAUGACGAAUGGGCAGCAUGGGACGACAUGCCCGCGGCAUCUCCCGACUUGGGAAAUAGCAUCGACGACUCGAACCCUGCCGACAGCUGGCAAUGGGGGGCCGACGAGGCCAGUGGCCCCUCAUCAAUGACCUGGAACGACUCGGCUCCUCCCCCGACCAAUGUACCUCCGCCGUCUGUCAUACUCUCGGCAUUUCCCGAUCUGUUUCGCUCGGGAAACUCACUGUUUAAGCCUAUCGGACAGAGCACCAAGAUAAAGCAAGAUAUCUUGGCGAACCCAAGAGCCGUACAGUUUCUGCAAGGAUACGUUGCCCUCGGGGCGACUGCCGCGAAGGUGAUGGCGGGCCGGAAGCACAGAUGGCACCGAGACAAGAUCCUGGCCAAGAGCAUGUCCAUUUCAGCCGCGGGAAGCAAGGGCAUGAAGCUUGCGGGCAUCGAUAAGAGCCAAUCAGCACGGGAGGAUCGCGAGGCGGCCGAUGUCGUCGCCGCAUGGCGCGAACACGUCGGUCGACUACGGUCAGCCGUCGCCAUGGUAAAUGCCAGCGGCAAAGCAAACUUGAAGGUUCCCGAGUUGAGCGACACCAUGCAGGUCCAGACGGCCAAGGUGGUACCGACGGCGCCCAAGCCUUGCAUCGUAUGCGGCCUCAAGAGAGAGGAGAGAGUUACGAGGGUUGACUUUGAAGUCGAGGACAGCUUCGGAGAGUGGUGGGUGGAGCACUGGGGGCACCGGGCUUGCAAGAAUUUCUGGGUCGAGCACGAACAACGGCUGCGUCCACGGUGACGACGGCGACUCACCUUGGACGCGGGGUUGUCGUGUAACGCGAGCUUCCCACGAAGUAUGUAGGUACUCUGAGCUGUGAGACUCGAGGUGGCAUGCCUCGACACAUGACGUGAACGAGGCUCGCGAGGAAAGGCGUGAGGAUGGAAAAUACACUGUAGAGUCGACGGGUUACGACCAGUCAAUAUCCAUCUCGGGGUGCUGCGCUGUCGACAAGCCCUAGCAACAGCCCAUCAUGAUGAAUUUGAGAGCGAAGCUUUCAUGGCAGGGGGGCGGGGGCUCUCCAGCAAGCAACGCAUAUGGUUGCAUCACGCCGAUGUGGAACCUCAUAUGUCGCGUUUCACGGCAUGAAGCGGCAGGGCUGCGGGCUAAGCAUUGGGGGAAGAUGCGGGCGCCGUCCAGAGGCAAAUGACAGCUGCAGCCUGUUUGGCCCAGUGCCAGACGUGAUGUGUUGUGCAGCUAGUGGCUUUGGACCCUGUUUGCGUCCGACUCAACGCCAGGAGGAUGAUGCGCCGCGGGACUCGAUCUGCGGGUCACACGAGGAGUCAUGAGCCAAGGCAGCGAGGGCGUCUGCACGCAGAGGCCGACAUGGAAUUUGGGUACGAGAACGCGAGUCGAGCGGGGCCGCGCGUCGUCUGGGUAGGAUGAGGGCGAUGGCGAGAAGGCCGAGUAGGCUCCUUGUGCCACCAUGGCCGGUUGAGCAGCCGUCGGGCAGCUGCGUGGGUAGCCUGUGGGAUGGAGAAGUUGCGAGGGCACACGCAUCCUGUGCCUUGAUCAAUGUGCUGAUGAACUGCCCACCUAUAACCUAUGUACGAAGCACUAGAGGCAAAAGCAUGUCCCUCAGGCAGUGCGGGCGCCAGACACGAC